AUUGUCUCCUUUAUCCGCAAACGAGAACACGCACGUUUACAAAGCAGCAGCGGCAACAAAACCAGAAUCCCAAGAUUCUAAUCCGCACCGCGUCCGUCUCCAACAAUAAACGACGCUUUAGUUAUGCGUCCCUUCCCUUCCCAAUAUUUAGUGUAUACGCCCCCUUCUCCUCUCUCUUAGCCUCUGCCCCCUUAAAAGAGAUUGAGGAUGAGGGGCAUGAGUAGGCUCGCAACGGGCGCAACCCUCGCCGCGGCCGUGAGCCUGAUGACCCUUAUCGUCAUCCUCCUCUUUCUCCUGGUGAGCUUGUUCUGCUCGCUGGCUCGGGAGAAGAGGCAUCAAUGUCGAAAUGAUGAUGAUGAUGAUGUCGCGGUCGAGUCGGAAGGGCGGCCGCCUCGGCCUCUAAGCUUUCCUUUCUACGGCCACGGAGUGUUGAGAGCUCCGACUAAGUAUCUCCUCUCCGUUCCCAAUCUCGAAGCCGCGGCGGCGAAACAGGCCUCGCCAUCUCCAUCUCAGGACGAAGAGAGUUUUGUGCGUAUUUCUAAUCCAAUGUACGACGGAACGAGUGCAGCCGCAAUAGAAGAAGUUGGCGCAGAUGCUGGUGGUGCUGUAUUUGAGGCUCCGAAGUCCUCGGCUCCGCGUUUCGAAGGGGAUGAGGAGAGCUUUUCACCUCCGUUGAAAUUAAUGAAGAAGCUGUCCUCCUCUAUAGUGCAGCCUAAGGCUUCUUCUGCGUUGUUCGAUGGCCGGAGGUCUCUCGGGGGUUCGACAGAGACGAACAGGCCAUCUUCCUCUUCCUCUUCCAAUUCUCCCUGCUCUUCACCUUCUUGGUAGUUUCUUUGGUAGAAAAUCCCAAACUCCAUUAUUCAGGAUUUUUUUUUUUUUCCUUUUGGUGUUUCUAUGUAGUUGUUAGCAGGGGAAGAUGCACGCACUGGUUGGGUGAGUUGUGUGUGUAUCGUACUGAGCGUGAGUCUUGGGGGCUGAAAAUAGAGAAGGCGUUGCUUGA